CGGGGUGUGAGCAGGAUUCGGAAUAAUUUGUUUUCUGUUGCUGGCAGAUUCCAGAUAAAAAAGAAUUUGGUUUCCUAGCAACAGCAGCUGAUUUCCCAUAAUGAGUCUGUCCGUCUGCUGAGAUCUCUUUAUUUCUCCCGCAGAAGCUGCGAGAUUUUCUCUAUUUAACCAAAUCUCCUGGGGGGCUGAUGGGGUCUGCACCCCUUACGAUCCUAUCGCCCAUCUGAGCGCGCUUCUGAGAACGCCCCUUGCUAUGGCAAUGCAUGUGCACCAAAGGGAGCGACGGGGCUAAAGAGCAGGAAAGGUGAAAGGGAAAAGUGCCAACACUAGAGAGAGAAUAUUUAGGGAGAGGACCGAGACGAGACCCGCGGUGACCGGAGCAGAAGAGGUUACUGGAGAUGCGGGCGAAAGCAUGAGGGUCACAUAUGGCACCUAUAGUGGCACCAUAAAAUAAGGCGCAUACGGGGCCAGUGGAAAGGACUACUGAUCCCUACAUGCUGAUACUCUGCUGUAAGUGACACGCAGGUUACACCAUAUUUGGACGUAUCUAAUAGAUGAUGAAAAAAGACAAAUGCUCCAGCUCGGUCUCAGAUCAACAGUGCAGGCUUUAUUCACAUACAGCUACACGGAUCACAGGAAUCUUCUGUCAAGCAGCAUCAUGAUUCAGUCUAGAUGUCUCUCUUAACUCUUUGGUGUAUCCUUAGGAACACCACAUCAUAAGAAAAUGGAGGAUUACCUACAUCUUUUUACCAUAAACUUGACUGGAUAUCUGGGCCCCAACUGGGAAGGGGAAGCCUCUUGUGUAGAUUCUGUUGGCAAUGUAACCUUCUUGGUUGUAGCCUACAGCGCCCUUAUAGCAGUGGGUCUCAUCGGAAACUCUUGCCUGGUCUUUGUUAUUGCUCGCCAACGGGAGAUGAGGAAUGUCACAAACAUUUUUAUUGCCAAUUUAUCAUGCUCAGACAUCCUUAUGGCUUUGGUGUGCGUGCCCGUCACUGUAAUCUAUACUCUGAUGAACCGUUGGAUCCUGGGCGAGGCACUCUGCAAAGUGACUCCAUUUGUGCAGUGUAUCUCUGUCACUGUCUCUGUACUGUCACUGGUCCUCAUUGCUUUGGAACGGCAUCAGCUCAUAAUACAUCCAACUGGUUGGAAACCCUUGCCAUGGCACGCUUACCUUGCUGUGGCAGUAACCUGGGCCGUGUCAUGUUUCAUCUCCUUACCAUUCCUUUCCUUUAGUAUUUUAACCAACCGACCUUUCCAGAACCUCUCCUUACCUUUUGACCCUUACAUUGACCACUUUGUGUGCAUUGAUAACUGGCCAUCUGAACAACACCGUCUGGCUUAUACCACCUGCCUUCUGCUCUUCCAGUACUGCUUACCCUUGCUUCUUAUUCUUCUGUGUUACCUCCGUAUAUUUCUACGUUUACGUAGAAGAAGGGAUGUAGUGGAGAGAGCAGGAGGGGGAGACUCAGGAGGACGUAAGUGUGGUCAUCGCAGGGUUAACAUCAUGUUACUUUCCAUUGUGGUAGCCUUUGGUCUUUGUUGGCUGCCUCUCACUGUUUUCAAUGCCCUCUUUGAUUGGGACCAUAAACGUAUUUCUGCCUGUUAUCACGACCUCAUAUUCUCUCUCUGCCACCUGUCAGCCAUGGCGUCUACGUGUGUCAACCCUGUCAUGUAUGGUUUCUUGAACAGCAACUUCCAAAAAGAAGUAAAGAACUUGUUACUCCGUUGCCGAUGUGCAGGGAGUCAGGACAAAUACGAGAAUUUCCCUCUCUCCACGGUCAGCACUGAGCUGUCCAAAGCUUCCCUGCAAAGCGUCACCAAUGGGAACAAUGUAUAAAGUUAGCUGUCAGUAUUCAGGUAUAUAAAACUGGGUGGAUUUUUAUACCAAGUGGUAUAUUGGUACCCAAGUUGUUAAUGCGGGCUGUAAGCCAAAAUGCUGCUUUUACAGAGCUAUAUCUCACUUCAUGCCAAUGUUACCAGCCAUUAGGGUCUGCUACUUGCUGUAAGUUUACAGGACUGUGUGCUACUUAAGUGGCCUCAAAGACUUUGAAAAAAAAUCUAUAUAUUUUAUUUUGGCUCAGCAAUGAAAAGCAUGCACAUUCAUAGUUGUGUUAUAUUCUUCUUACUGUCUUUUUUUGAGGGGGCAUUGCUGUAAAAUUAUAGAGAUGGGAAUUAA